AUGACAGGAGAGCCAAGAACGCUUUAUUAUGAUGAAGUAUUUCAAACAUACAAGAAAGUGGUCCUGGAUAACUUUCCGGGCGACGUACUGGCCGUGCUUCAAAUGGGUGGGAGCGACAAACUUCAUGGAAUCGAAGUGCUGAAACCAGAUGAAACCACAUAUAAAAGAGCUUUGGCGACAAUAAACCCAAUACGAAUCAGGUGGCUGAAUCCAACCAGCUGGCUGAAUCCUCUCAAGUGGACGAAUAACCUAAAUAUGCGAUAUGAUCCAGGAGGUUAUAAAAAAUGGAAAAUAUGUAUGACAAUGAUCGAAGAAGAGGAGAAAAGGAGAGGUAUGAAAUACGAGUUUGUUGUCCGUACUCGUCCCGACUUGAUGAUUGUCAAAGAGCUUCCACCUCUCGAAAGAUGGCCGACCGAUCGAGUUCUCGUAAGCCCCUAUUACGAGUGUCUGCAGGACCUUCCACCAAGUUACGGCGAGGCAGAUGAAAAGUUCCGUAAAAUUGAUGCCUUUUGUGGAGUAAAAGACUACGGUUUGCGGGUCUAG